AUGCCGUCCUCCUCAUCUAAAGUGACGGUCGAGGAACUCGGACAACAUGUCGUCGAGCACGAUGCCUGGAUACUUCUGAACGGCGUGGUCUGGGAUUUCUCUGGCUUUGCGGCAAAACAUCCUGGCGGGCAGGAGAUCAUCGAAAGCCAUCUCGGCAAGGAUGGCAGUGCCGCAUACAAUGAAAUCCACAGUCCGGCAAUGGUACUUCGGUACUUUGGCGAGGAGAGGCGGGUGGGUGAGAUUGAGGACACCGACGCCAUCACCUUCACGAGUUCACAGGCAGAGACGAACACCACCAAGACGGCUGUUGAGUUGCCGCCACUGGAGUCCAUUGUGAAUCUAUCCCAGUUCGAAGCUGUGGCGGAGCGAGCAUUGAGCAAGAAAGCAUGGCUAUACGUGUCAGGCGCGACGGAAGAUGGGCACGCACACAAGGCCAACAAGGAGCUAUUCCGCCAAUUACUAUUCCGCCCGACCUUGCUCAAGGGCGUGGACGAUGCCAAUACCAGAACCACAUUUCUCGGCUACGACCUCUCAUGCCCGAUCCUGGCCGCGCCGACCUCAUCGAUCAAACUCACCCAUCCAGACGGAGAGAUUGCAGUAGCGAAAGGGUGUCAGCGCAGCGGCGUCCCGGCCAUCGUCCCUUCGAUGAGCUCUUUUUCAGCUUCUGAAGUGGCCGAGGCACUGGAGCCCGAUCACCCAUUCUUUUUCCAGCUUUAUGUCCACAAGGACCGCGCAGAAUUGCGGCGCCUUCUGGACGAAGUCUGUGGUCUCGGCGCCCGAGCGAUCAUGAUCACGGCAGACCUCCCUGUGCUCAGCAAGAGAGAAGCCAUGAGCCAAGGUGAGCGGGUACUGGCUCCGCCACCCACGAAUACCAUUAUCGACCCGAACCUCAAAUGGGAGGAUAUCAAGUGGAUCCAGAACUAUACAAAGCUCCCCGUGUUCGUGAAGGGCAUCCAGCGAGCUGAAGACGCGAGACGAGCCUAUGAGAUUGGCUGCGCGGGAAUCUACUUGUCAAACCAUGGUGGGAGAGCGCUGGAUACGACACCGCCCGGGAUCCUUGUCCUGUUGGAAAUUCAGAAGACGUGUCCUGAAAUCUUGCCGCGCAUGGAGGUGGUCGUCGAUGGUGGCAUUCGGCGAGGCUCGGACGUUCUCAAGGCGAUUUGUCUUGGUGCUAGCGCUGUUUGUGUGGGUCGGCCGUUCCUCUACGCCCUGGCCUAUGGAGAAGAUGGUUUGGUUCGGGCCUUUGAGAUCCUGAAAGAGGAGUUGAAAAUUGCCAUGCAAUUGCUAGGCAUCACGAAUCUUUCGGAGGCUCAUCUCGGAUACCUCAACACGUCGCAGUUGGAUCUGUUGCUGCCAUCCACAAAAAUACAUGGCCCGAUUGUGCGGUCCAGAGGCGGGACUUCCAAGUUAUAA